ACUUUCCCAGAUCCUCUGAAGAUGUCUGCCACAGAUGCAGGUGAAACAUCAGGAGAAAAUGCUACUAGAACAUGGCCAUACAGCCUGGAAACCACACAACAUCCCAACUUUCCCAAUAGCCUUGUCCUGGGACUAUAUGGCUCUUCUAGGGCAGCUCUAUAAAACCUGCUGCAGCAUUCUGCAGAACUCCUUCAAGCCUGUAACCCAGCUGCAUGAACUCCUGCUUCCAAUCAAAUCUCAUUGUGACUGGAAUUAAAGGGGAUUAGCUUCUCCCUGCAGCCUGCAACCCAGAGGGUUUCUCUUUUGCUUCGUCAGAGAGAACAUGGCUCCCCGCUCACAACAAGCCCAGUGCGCCUGGCUGGACAAAUGUUCCCCUCGGAGUGUGAUGCACCUCUAGCUCCUCUUUGGAGGACAACCAGCAGGUCCAUCUGGAACAUGAAUGGCUAUGCUUUGCUUCAGGACACACCAGAUACCUCUCCAUCUGAAGCUGCCAAUCUCAAUGCAUCCAACAGCAUCGGAGCCAGUGUGCUGUGUGCCAUCUGCGGAGAUCGGGCAACAGGGAAACACUAUGGAGCCUCUAGCUGUGAUGGCUGCAAAGGGUUUUUCAGGAGAAGCGUCAGAAAGAACCACAUGUAUUCCUGCAGGUUUAACAGACAGUGUGUUGUAGACAAGGACAAAAGAAACCAGUGUAGAUAUUGCAGGCUAAAGAAAUGUUUUCGAGCUGGAAUGAAGAAAGAAGCUGUGCAAAAUGAACGUGAUCGAAUCAGUACCCGCAGAUCUAGCUAUGAAGAUAGCAGCUUGCCUUCUAUUAAUGUUUUACUGCAAGCAGAAGUACUUUCCCAACAGAUAUCAUCACCAAUGUCAGUGAUCACUGGGGAUAUUAGAGGGAAGAAAAUUGCCAAUAUUGCAGACGUGUGUGAGUCCAUGAAGCAGCAGUUGUUGGUGCUGGUGGAGUGGGCCAAGUACAUCCCAGCCUUCUGUGAACUUCCUCUGGAUGAUCAGGUGGCUUUGCUCCGGGCCCAUGCGGGGGAACACCUAUUACUGGGAGCAGCCAAGCGGUCAAUGGUGUUCAAGGAUGUCCUACUCCUAGGAAAUGACCAUAUAAUCCCUCGAAACUGUCCAGAGUUGCUGGAGAUCAGCCGUGUGGCCGUGCGGAUCUUGGAUGAACUAGUGUUGACAUUCCAAGAGCUCCAGAUCGAUGAUAAUGAAUAUGCUUGUUUAAAAGCAAUCAUCUUCUUUGAUCCAGAUGCUAAGGGCCUGAGUGACCCCAUCAAGAUCAAACGAAUGAGGUAUCAAGUUCAGGUCAGCCUGGAGGACUACAUCAAUGACCGGCAAUACGAUUCCCGGGGACGCUUUGGGGAGCUGCUUCUCCUUCUCCCCACUCUCCAGAGCAUCACCUGGCAGAUGAUUGAGCAGAUCCAGUUUGUGAAGCUCUUCGGCAUGGCCAAGAUCGACAACUUGCUGCAAGAAAUGUUGCUGGGAGGAUCAUCAAAUGAUACACCUCAUACUCAUCACCAUGCUCUGCACCCUCACCUGAUCCAGGAGAACCUAGGGACAAACGUCAUAGUGGCCAACACAAUGUCUGCUCAGAUCCACAAUGGGCAGUUGUCUACUCCUGAAACUCCACAACCUUCCCCACCAGCUGGCUCAGGAGUCGAACAAUACAAACUGCUUCCUGGGGCCAUUGCAACCAUAGCCAAACAGCCCACUUCGAUCCCUCAAACCACUAUCACAAAGCAAGAGGUCAUCUAGCAUCCACUGGAAUGAAUACUCUCUGUGUUACAAAUACCAUUUUUGCAGGGGGCAAUGAAGAAAAGCCCCUCCUCAUCUUGAUCGUGCUGGAGGUAGAGUAUUGACGGAAAUAUAUAUGGAGGCAGAGGCAUCUCCAGGUAUAGCAGUGGAGAACCUGAGUGUUGUGGAACAUACAUACAAGCUGCACUGGAAGCCUUAUCUUUCCUUUUUAGAUCCAGAUCCUAGACUUCUGAUCUGCCAAUGCCUUUUUUCGAAAAAUUGCACUGACUCACUUGUUUCUUCACUGCCACUGAGUUACCUGUUGUUUUGCAAAUCUGACUUUUGAAGACAAGGCUUAAAGGUAUCUGAAUGAAAAAGACACACUUUGGUUGGAGCAGCUCUAAAUAUCUGAAAAUUAUUGUGUGACAAUUGAAUUGCAUUGGAUGGAUUAACACAAUUCCGACAGAGAAAACUGCAGAGAAUUUGGACCAGCUGCUGUUGAAGCACUGCCUUUUUACUGCCUCCUCCACUGCCUUAGAACACUACCAGAAGUGAAGGCUAGGCCUAAAUGCUUCCACUGAUGUUCAGCAACAAAGAAAUGACCAUUCAGAGGCAAACCUAUGUUCUCUUAUCAUACAGUUCUCGCAUGAUGAUGCUCUACUUCUAUUCUGUUUAGUGAUGUCUGUUUGAACAAAGAGUUUUCUUGCUGGAUCAAAUCAAAUCUCAUCCAUCCCAACAUUCUCUUCUUCCAACGUUGUCUACCCAAAUAGGUCUCUGGGAAGAGUACAUGCAGAAGACGGAAUUGUCCAUCUUCACCUUGUUAACCUCAUUAUCUAGCAAGCAGUUGCAUUGCCAUUGCUCAUGGAGAUACCAUAGCGAAUUGCCAUUGUUGUUUCACCUGUCUUUUAUGAAUUUGUUGAAUGGUUUUGAGACCAUAAAGUUUGCUUAGCUGGAAGAGCACUAAGUCUAUCCCUUUGACAGGCUUGCCUCUCUGCUGAUGUGCUGCACUUAAGCUGAUUUGGAGGCUUUCUUCUUCCACCUCCAUCCAAGACAGAAUGGCUUAACUCAAUAGAACUUGAUGGUGCUGGAACAAUGUUUCAUGAAUACCCUGAUGAAGUACCCCAGUGCCAGACCCACCUGUUUCUCAUCCUUAUUCCCAAUUAUUCCCGGUGCUACAAUAUUGGGUGUUACAGAGAACAAAUGAGGGGAUGAUACUGAUGUGGAAAAGGUUGCAGUUGUCGAAGCGAUGUCAACAAAUCAAGCUCAGGCCUCACCGCUGUCAAAGGGGUCUCCAGAGCAAUCCUUGCAUGAGCCAGCUGUACCCUUUAUUGGAAGUGACUUUGACUCACGUGUUUAGAAAAUAUUUCCUGAAAACAAUUGAGGCUGGAAAGAUUGAGGACAAGCAUGUUAAGUUCAUAUCUGUAGUGUCGUGCUCAUAUCCUCUGAUUUAUCAGAAAUAGUUCUGCAUAUGUAGUUCCAUGUUUCCAGCUACUUUUUAAAGGUCCCAGUUCCUCUAUCUUCCUUCAAGUUCUCCCUAUGUGCAUAUCUUAUCUUAAUUGCUGCAAAUUGAGUUCAAAGUACAAAACUUGGCAUACAAUAAACUCUGCAGGAGGAAGAUGGGGGUGCAAUCUUGCUCUUCCCAGUUGGCUCAGGUGCAUCUCCUAGUUUCUUAUAUUUUUUGCUCCUUGACCACAACUGAUGUCGCUUAGAGCUCUGUGAAAUGUUGGAGGGUGUGCAUUCUCAGCAACAACCAU